AUGUCGCAGAGGCCGUCUACACCAGUCAAGGUGCCGUCAUCGGCGGCAAACUAUACCCCCGCGACGCUAGAUCCAGACCUGCGAUCGCAGAUAAACACAAUCCUGCUAAAGGACGGGCACAUUACAAAAAUCCAAGAAGCCCUGCUCCACGCCCUCAACUCCAACUCCUCCAACUGGCCCACCACCAUCCAGAACCACGCCCUGGCCCUGCUCCGCUCCGGCGAAGUCACCACAUACCCAGCUCUCCUCCGCCGCGUCCUCGAAGACGUCCGCGAGGGCCAGCCCUCCUCGACAUCCAGCGCAAACGGCAAAUCAUCAUCAGCCGCCGCAACGACAAACGGCAAUGGCGACACCAAGAAAACCAACGGCACACCAGCCUCCGACAAACCGCCCCUCGCCAUCCCCACGUCUGUAAUAGAAGAGGCCCUGAGAAUCACAAGAGAAUGCCUCGACUCUGUGUGCGAAAUCGAGGAAAAGGGCAGCGGCUAG